AUGUCGCUGGGCGAGUUCGACGAGCUCAAGUUCGACCAUUCGUGUGCGAGGCUGGACGUGCCGUCGCACUAUUUGCUCAAGAAAGCGCGCCGAAACCCCCACGGUCUGGAAGAGCUUCGCCAAAGCAUGAAAUCGGCCACGAUUUAUGUGGGAAACCUGUCGUUUUACACAUCCGAAGAGCAAAUCUACGAGUUGUUCAGCAAGUGCGGACGGAUACAGCGCAUUGUCAUGGGUCUGGACCGGUUCAAGUUCACGCCGUGUGGGUUUUGUUUCGUGAUAUACAGCGGCGCGCAAGAGGCGCUGAACGCUGUGAAGUACCUGUCGGACACCAAACUCGACGACCGUACGAUCACGAUCGACCUGGACCCCGGGUUCGAGGACGGACGUCAGUUUGGGCGCGGUAAGAGCGGUGGCCAGGUCAGCGACGAACUGCGGUUCGAGUACGACGCGUCGCGGGGUGGGUUCGCCGUGCCUCUCGCGGACCGUAUCGGGUUCAACAGCGCGAACAAUUUCGGCGCACGUCGCGUGCGCGACGUGUACAUCCCGGGCCAGGAACACGCCGGCGGAGAAGAAGCAGAAGAAGCCGAAGAACUGGAUACGUACAUCCCGGGCCAAGAUUGA